ACGACAGAGUCAAGCGCGCACCCCGGGAGCAAGCCGCGCGCACACGGGGCGCCGGGUGUUCCACGGCCCGCGCGGAGGCGGUCUGCGGGCCUCGCAGGCGCUGGGGUCCCGGCGUCUGCGGGCGGGGAGCCGGGAUGCCGGAGGGGCCGUCUGUGAGGAAGUUUCACCAUCUGGUCUCUCCCUUCGUGGGGCAGCAGGUGGUCAAGACAGGGGGCAGCAGUAAGAAGCUGAACCCUGCGGGCUUCCAGUCCCUGUGGCUGCAGGACACCCAGGUCCAUGGAAAGAAAUUAUUCCUUAGAUUUGAUCCAGAUGAAGAAAUCGUGUCCCCUGGCAACAACCCACUGUCAGAGCCUCUACAAAAAGAGUGGAAGGAAGAGGCCGGGCACCACCAGGAAAUCUCUGAGCAGUCCUCCCGGUCCCCAGGAGGAGAUGAUGCUGUCCCCAGUGGAGGUGAUGGUCUGCGGUGUUUGUGGGGAGACACCCCUGCAGGAGGUGCUGAGAGGUGGCUGCAGGUCAGCUUUGGCUUGUUUGGCAGCGUCUGGGGGAACGAGUUCUCCAGAGCGAAGAAAGCAAACAAGAGGGGUGACUGGAGGGACCCUGUUCCAAGGCUGGUCCUGCACUUCGGCGGGGGCGGCUUCUUGGCCUUCUAUAACUGUCAGAUGGUGUGGAGCUCCUCUUGCCCGGUGGUCAGACCCACCUCUGACAUCUUGUCGGAAAAGUUCCAUCGAGGACAGGCCCUGGAAGCUCUGGGCCGGGAGCAGCCCGUCUGCUAUACGCUGUUGGACCAGAGAUACUUCUCAGGCUUAGGGAACAUCAUUAAGAACGAGGUCCUGUUCAGAGCUGGGAUCCACCCGCUUUCUCCCGGCUCACUCCUGGGUCUUCCGCGCCUCGAGGCCCUGGUGGACCACGUGGUGGCCUUCAGUGCAGGCUGGCUGCGGGGCAAGUUCCAGGGCAGACAGCAGCACACGCAGAUCUACCAGAAGGAGUGGUGCCCUGCUGGGCACCAGGUUGUGAAGGAGGCACUGGGACCUCCAGGGGGCUUCCAGAGGCUCACGUGGUGGUGUCCCCAGUGUCAGCCCAGGUUGUCGCUGGACGAGCCAGAGCAGGUGGCACCCUCCUCGGGUGCUCGGGCCCCUUCUACGCAGAGCCUUGCCCUUGAGGGACCGUGAUGCCUGAGUGUCGCACAGGGGUUGUGGGCAGGGUUUGGGACUGGGGACAGGAAUUGGGGGAGUGGGGUCGGGAUGCCAGUGCUGUUGGUGUUCAUCUCACCGGAGUUCAGGCUGAGGCAGUUUCCACAGGGUCCGAUUUUGUUCUUUUCUAGUUCUGGUUAAUUCUUCCUAUCUAAUCCCACCACUGUCGACAGAUGAGGCAAAUCGCGAUGGCAGUUAAGGGGAAACCUCCCGGAGUGAGAGUGGGGCAGCGAAAACGAGAGCCAGUGGAAGAGAGCUGUGCCAGCAUCGCUUU